UUCUCAGCUGUUUCUUUUAUCCUCCACUCAGAAACAGUAGGCUCAACGUUUCCUCUUCAGCUUUUCAACCAACCAGCACUCUUUUCCAGCCUGUCAGCGAUCAAAAGUAUCUUUCCCCCUGCGUCGCAUUGAGCGGUGCGUUCACGUCUUCACUUGCAAGCAGCGUGAGUAAAUGCGACACAGUUCUGGCACAAGACCAUCUCUGAAUACGAUGAACCUUCAAGCAAAAGGACUCCAGCAGCAGAAGACCACAUCAGGUGUCAGUACUCUCAGGUGAACAGGACAAUUAGCCAACAAUUCCCACAGAAUCACAGAAACUUGACAAAGAGAUUAGAAAAAUAAUAUUUCCUGGUCUGAUACAUCAUGAUUUCAGCUGCAACACUCAGAUGGUUGGAUCAGAAUUCAAUGUCAGCAAUGUAAAAGCAUGGAUUAAUUCUCCUUAAAUCAAUUGUUCAGGUGGUGUAAUGGAGUGGGGGCAUCUUGGACUCUUUAGUACGACCUAAGCCUUAAUACUACUGGCUACCUGGGUAUUUCUGUUAACCACGUCCAUCCCUUUAUCACCACAUGGACCCACCCUCUGAUACUUCUGCAGGAUAAUUCACUGUCACAAAACUCAGAUCAUCUCAAACUAGUUUCUUGAACACAAUGAUGAAGUCACUGGACUCCUAACGACCUCCACAUUCACCAGAUCUUGGAGUGUGAUGGAACCAGAGACUCGCAUCAUGGAUGGAACUGUGUGAUGCUGUCAAGUUAAUGUGGACCAGAACCUCUGAGGAAUGUUUACAACACCUUUUUGAAUCCAGGGGCGACGGUGGCACAGGAGUUAAGUGCUCGCCCCGUAAUCAGAAGGUUGCAGGUUCGAGCCCCGCUCAGUCUGUCACUGUCGUUGUGUCCUUGGGCAAGACACUUAACCCACGUUGCCUGCUGGUGGUGGUCGGAUGGACCGGUGGCACCAGUGCUCGGCAGCCUCGCCUCCGUCAGUGCGCCCCAGGGCAGCUGUGGCUACAUUGUAGCUCAUCCCCACCAGUGUGUGAAUGUGUGAAUGACUGAUUGUGUUGUAAAGCGCCUUGGGGGUUCCAGGACUCUAGAAUGACUCUAUCAAAUACAGGCCAUUUACCAUGAUGUCAAGAAUUAAGAUGGUUCUGAAGGCAAAUAGGGGUCCAACCUGCUAAAAAGCUACAUGGACCUAUGGCCAGCAGCAGCCUGUAGUAAACAAUGAAAACUUUUCUGAGGGGUAAGAGUAAGCGCCUAAAGAACAUAAGAGAACAUUUACAGACUUAUAGAAAAUGCAACCAGUGUGAAAUUGAGCGAUAUACCGAAAAUUUACUGAUAUCGACAUUUAUGUCUAAUACCAAUGUCAUUUUGCUCGUGUAAGUGUAUUAGGUAUUUGGGGAAAAAAAGAGAAAGUUUGUUUGUAGGUUGCCAAUGUUUAUGUUUCUUUAAGAUAUCCUGCUAUGAACUGGAUGGAGUCACGUGAGUCACCAUCCAGUCUGUAACACGAAGGGACAAACAGUGAGGUAAUAGAAGAUGAUUCAAAUAUUGAAGCAGUGGACUGGGGCAGAGGGUAGCAGCAGUCAGAAGCUGGCGGCAGUGACCGGAUCUAGAAUGUUGCCGAAUGAUUUUGGUGGGGACAAGCUUGUCCUUGACCAAAUAGUUAUUGUCUAUUUGUCGUUGUCAGCAGGAACUGCAAAAUACGCAUAUCCUGAUGCUGAUCUGAGGCAAUAUCACCCAGCCCUAAACCAGUGUCUCAGGUCACUUCCUACCUGGAAAUGAAUGCCGUCUGAACCAAUUGGUCGACUGAAGUCGGCGGAAUCCUUCCACCAGCCUACACCUCCAUGCCGCAGUGAGCAGGUUUCACUCAGCCAGAUUACGACUUCAGUCCUUGUGCGUCUCUUUUCCUUUGGCCAUGGGGGGAGCUGUGAGCGCCGGGGAGGACAACGACGACCUCAUCGACAAUCUGAAGGAGGCUCAGUAUAUUCGCACAGAGAAAGUUGAGCAAGCGUUUCGGGCCAUUGACCGCGGCGACUAUUAUCUGGAUGGCUAUCGGGACAGUGCCUACAAAGACUUGGCUUGGAAGCAUGGGAACAUACAUCUGUCAGCUCCAUGUAUAUACUCAGAGGUGAUGGAGGCUCUCAAACUGAAGCCAGGACUUUCUUUCCUUAAUCUGGGCAGUGGAACUGGCUACCUGAGCACAAUGGUUGGCCUCAUCAUAGGACCAUUCGGUGUAAACCACGGAGUUGAGCUCCACAAGGACGUUGUUGAGUACGCUAGACAGAAACUGGAUGAAUUCAUAAAAAACAGUGACAGUUUUGAUAAGUUUGAGUUCUGUGAGCCGGUCUUUGUGGUGGGGAAUUGCCUUGAAAUCUCAACAGACAGUCACCAAUACGACCGCAUUUAUUGUGGCGCCGGAGUGCAGAAAGACCAUGAAAAUUACAUGAAGGUUCUGCUCAAAAUUGGAGGCAUACUGGUGAUGCCUAUAGAGGAUCAGCUGACCCAGAUAACCAGGACCGGUCAAAGCACAUGGGAGAGCAAAAACAUCUUGGCGGUGUCCUUUGCCCCCUUGAUGCGGCAGAACGAGGCUGACAGAGAGAAGCCAGACACUGUCCAGCUUCCCCCGGUGACCGUCCACAGCCUUCAGGACCUUUCCCGCAUCUACAUCCGCCGCACUCUCAGAAGCCUGACCAGCCAGGACAGCCAGGGCAAAGGGACGGUGCAACGGGUCCCCCAGAAGCGUAAGCGCAGGCGCUGCCGGCGGCGACGCAUCAACACUUAUGUUUUUGUAGGCAAUCAGCUCAUACCCCAAAUGGUGGAGAGUGAAGAGGAGGAACACGCUGAGGAGGAGCACAAGGAGGUCGAGGAGGAGGAGGAAAGAGACAUUGGCGACAUUGAAAUCAUCAAGCAAGUGAACGUGUUGAGAGAACAAAUAUUGGCUCUCCCACUGCCGGAGUCGCUGAAAGCAUAUUUGCUGUACUACAGAGAGAAAUGACUGAUUCACUUGGUUUCCACCCUUAAUGAGUGCACUGCCUGCUGAAAUUCUUCUCUCCACACUUUUCAGUGCAAAUGUAGCAUUAUUAUCACUCGAUCUCGAUGGCGACACUGUAUUGGAAAGAGAUGUCAUAGAUCAUAUCGGAUAAUAAUGUUAUGGUUGUCACAAGUGUAGUUUUUGUUUCAUGAUUUGUAUAUUAAAAUGUAGAAUAAAUAGGUAUAGAUUCAAAAACUAGUUUUGAAAUUUCAGAUUUUACCUCGUCAGAUUUUCUGCAGAAACGCACUCAUGUGCAAACAAGUUCUUACUGUACGUGUUCCAAUAUAAAUCACACCGUGAGGAAAAUUUGUAUUGCACUUUUUUUUGUUUUUUUUAGAAGCUUUAACCUUGUGUCAGGAUCUGGUGAUUUAAUUACGCUGAAAGCAGCUAAAAGGGCCACAUUCUCCCAUUUUUUAGCUAAAGAGGAAGUCUUUUGUGCAUAAAUCAUGAUUUAAAUAACGGUCUCUGAUUUGUUUUAUACCUUCCUGUUAAAAGAGAUCACUGGAAAAGACCAGACUGGUUCACAUAUUUUCUACAGGGCACCUUUUAAUGUGACAUUUCUACAGCAUGCUUCUUGUGGUUGCAUAGAGCUGACAAGUAAUUCCAUGCAGUGUAAACUGUCUGCUCUCAGUGUUUUCUUUUCUCUUGGAUGAACAUAAGUAAUCACAUCGGAGGUUUAACAUGAAGAUGGGAUGAAGAUAACGUGUUUGCCUGUGUAUUAUGCACGGUAUCGAGUUCGUGCACAAAUAUCCUGAUGUUCCUGACGUUGCUUUACAUUCUUUACUCGUUGAUGGAGGGGAUGUCCCAAGUGAUCAGUCUUUCUUAAGAAAAAAAAGAGAAGAAUAAAAAUUAUUUGAACUUGAUAAUUGAGUUGAAUGAUCAAAUUCUAUAUAGUACUGCUGUUUUUUUAUACUUCAAAAAUAAUGCAAAUUCUGAAUUAUGAAAAGAUUUUGAUGCCUUUUUUUAAAUCUGGACUAAUCAAGUCCAAUAAAGCACCUUAAAAUAUCAUCCUAAAACUAAAAUAACAUGUACCACUGUCGGUUAUUAUUAUAAACAGAACUAUGUCCAGUUUAUUUUACACAUGCUCACAGUACUUCCCAGUGUUGACUGGCUCUUAAGUGCCAAUGAACCCCAUCAUAGGAAUUCUGUGAACUUCCCGGCACAGUAACUCAUGCAAAUGAAAGUGAUUAAUUUUUUUGUUCUAAUUUAAUUUUGUGACAAAAACAUUCCGAAGUGAAAAAAGAGAACCUUCGCGCUUUACCGUCACAUAUCCAGAACCUCUUUAUCUUACUUUGAAUGCAGUUUUUGUAUUUAAAACAAACAAUUGAAUGUUGCUUAUUAAUUCUGUUCAAUAUAAAGGUGGUAUAAGCUGUAUGUUUUCUUCUACUAUGAUUCUUCAUACAGUUUGAUUUGCAGUUGAUUUGUUGUAGCUGUAAUUUCUCGUCACACUGAGGAACUCUAUAGACCUGAACUCCACUGCUGUCUGUUAUAGGAAACUUUGGCAUUAGCUUGUUUUUGUUCUGAUGUAAUGAAAUUUUUUUCUGUUUGAAUACGGGGUUGAAAAAUAUUCUGUUUGUAGUGUAUGUGUGUUAAGAGAUGAUCUCUUUUUUCCAAAAUUUUAUUUCUUAAAUGUCCUUUGUGGAUCUUUAUAAGAUAAUGAAAUCGUUUCUCAGUUAUAAUAAAACCGUCUCAUUUGAUUUGAACAGAGUAAAUUAAAAUCCACAUGACCAAUUACAGCCUGGCUACGGUUUAUAUACCAUAACCUGAUUGGUUAUUAGUGAGCACAUUAGGAAGCAAUGGACCUACAGUCUGGACUCUCAAAUUGAGCCUCGCACCAAAGUUAAUGGGACCGCUGUGAUUACAUUUAAUGUGGACGAGAGUCGACUAUUAAAAUAGGGCAGAGAGAAAAACAACUCUUAACCCACUCUGUGCAUUUAUUUUUCUUUGUUUACAAGACAAAACUGUCCAGUUGCUUAGAUCUGAUUUUGAUUAUUUUUCUUUCAGGCCUCGUUUGAUUUUUCAUAGUGUAUUUUAUUUUGAAAAUGUGUUUCUCUGUAAAUGUGUGGCACAGAAAUAAAUGUCACAAUCACAA